GACCGAACCGGAAGUGACGAUCGAAGCAACUUGUGUUGGACAGGCACGGCUCUUAGAAGACCAUUUAUUUACAUGCACGAAUCACUUACUCAUUCUCUUUCACCGUUUUCGCUUGUUUUUUCCUCUUAUGUUGUUUUGUGUGUGUCACAUGCUUGCUUGACAUAUUCGUGGAAUCAGUCAACAGUGAAUUCAGACAGCAUUUUUUACUCGAUGGACGAGCCACUGUUUAUCUCCAGUUCUAUCACAUGAUGUUAUGAAAGACUUGUGACAGAGAAUCUUGAAAGUGUUGAAAAGUCUGGAGACGUUGAAUAUAUUUUGUCAACCCCCUGUCAGGAGCAGGUUCCAAUGAAGCUUGACUGGAUUACAGAGGUUGUCAGCCGUGACAAAGUCAUCAUCCUGCUUGUUAAUUAUGCCUUCUUGCUUGUCGUAGUUGCCAGUUUCAUGAUUUUUCUCCUCUACCUAACGCAGGACCUCUCCCCAAAUAUCAACUGGUCGGCAUCACUGAUGCUCUUAGCUGCAGCUUUUGUUAUAGCCAACAUGUUUCUGGCCAGCUACAUUGUCCAAGUGCUACAUGUGCGCAAUGAACUGCCUAUGAUAUACUUUCAAUCUUGAAAGUUGGUCAUCUGUUCUGGCAACCUAAUCCCCUUCCAUCCAUAUUUUAUUUGUGUCUUCACAAGUAAAAAAUUACAAUUAAGUUAAUUGGAGCAGUUUGUUUUAGUAUUUACUAAUGCAUAUGUAUUGAUGCUUGGUAUACACAUACAUAUGUUCUUUCUCUCUCUUUAGAUAUAAAUAUAUAUAUAUGUUUUUGUAUGUGAAUAUUGGUCUUAUUCUAUCUGGAUUAUAUUUAUAUUUAUGUGUAUAAUGGAAGAUAAUUCCAAAUUAAUUCAAAUAGAGAUAAAAUUAGGUGAUACACUAUAAACGUUUUAAUAAGAAAGUUAAAAUUUUAGCUUCAUCCAUUACCAUGGAGACCCAAGCUAACAAAAAUGACUCUUACAUUUCAAGUAUGAAAAUCAAACCUGACCAUUCGCAUUCUUCUCACUUAUCCCCACCACAAAAUCUCCUUUAUCCCUCUGACCAAAGCAAACAACUGGACCCAAUUGCUUCCACAUUACUGAGUCCUUGUUCCAAAUAUACAGUGUCACAGCUUGUGGACAGCGCACAGAUCCUUGUCUCAACAUUUGUGUUCAGUCACUGGGACAACAUCCUUGGACCUCGAGUUGAGCAAGUGUGGUUCAAUGGUGAGGCUCUUCUGCUCGAUCAAAGCACCCUUCUGCAGAUCUGUAAGCAAGGUUUAGCUGGAGAACUAUGUCGGGACUUAAGCAGCAGUAUUACUGAUUGGCGCAUCCAUACCAUUCCGGACAAAAAUGUUGCUGCAGUUGUAUUUGUGUUCAGUGCUAAUGGGACCAACGGCCUUUCUUUACAUAGCUUCACUUUGAUUAUACAGUUGGACCAACUUGAAUAUUUUCUCCACCUCUCCGAUCUUAUCUACAGCUGGAUUAGCCGGAUGGUUGGUAAAUUACGUGUACUUCUUGAGAAGGAUUCUAGAAAUGAAGCUCUGUCUGUAUUUACAUCUUACCUGUGUAAUUUUACAGAGAUGCUGCUAUCUUUGAGUGAAGCUAAGCUACCAACUGAAGUUGAAGUUGAUGACAGCAUCCUCUGCCCGUCUCACAGCAUCGAAGAGGACUUCCUCCGGACAAUGAUAUCAUCGCACCUUAUGACCUUCGGCCGCAGCGUCGUCAUUGGUAAACAUAUCAAGCAAGUCAAUUUAGUUAUUAACACACUGGCGUUAUUUAACACACCAGAAGAGAGAUUAUGUUCACGACGUGUCUUGGACCAGACAGGCAAGAUGUGGCCCUAUCAUCAUGAUCUUUACCUUCAAGGUAUUGUUGCUGAACCAGGUAGCAAGAUCUCUCACCUGAUGAAAGAUAUGUUGACCAGUAAAUACCCAAGUUCUAUCAUAGACCUGAAUCUACAGAGAGUCUUGCAGACCCCUGAUCAUUCCAGUCACGAGACCUAUCGGCAAGAGAUGCUGAAGAACGAACUUAUUUGCCUGCAUUAUGAUGAUAACUAUGAAUCCUACAUGAAACGUAAAAGUUUUGUUACUGUCACAGACUGUGCUGAAUCAUUUGUGAAAACGCUCCGGAAAGAGCUUCUACAGCUGCCCAGAAUCUCUUCAGGAAACCUAUGUGGUGUGUGGGAAUCCCAUAUUAACAACUUUCUCUGGUUACUACAGAGAAAAGCUCUAUGUCUUAUCAAAUAUGUUGAACAGGAAACGAAUCGUGGAAGUCACCCAUUAAAUGAUGGUAUUCAUAAACUACGUCAGGAUCUUGGUUUGACUUUAGAAGCUGAUUUGAGAAUAGUCCUGGCAGCUGCUGAUAAACUUAAGCCAGGAAUAUACUCUCUUGUCAUAUCAGAUGGACGUCGUCAACCUGAUCAUUUUGGACCAUUCUUUGAUUAAAAUUUGCAUGUUAUUUAUUUACUUUAACACACACACACAUGCAAAGCAAUAAAUAUGUAUAUGCAAAUGUAUAUAA